CGGCUUCGGGCGCGGGAGGGGCGCUGGGGACCGGAAGUAGGAGCGAUUCCGGCUGUUAGUGAGGCAUUCCGGACCUGAAAACCCAGGAUGGACUAGUGUCCGUCCCAGAGAUCACUGCAGGAGUUGUGAGGGGCCCUGGGUGUCGCCAGCUUGAGCCAGGUUCCUGGGCACUUGCUCUGUCACUGCCUGUGGUCAUCCUGGACCAUCAACGAGGAGGGAGAGUGUCUCUUUGAAGAGAGCGUGGUUCCUUAUUCCAGACACUGGCUUCUUACUGUGACUGGGAGAUAGCCCCAAUAGCAUGCCUCCUCCCAGAACGAAGGAGGGCGGGGAUCCCCGAGGCCGACACUGGGAUCCCGGUGAGGAGGAGGCCCCCGAGAAAUGGGACUGGAAUUGUCCAGAGACACGUCGCCUCUUCGAGGAUGCCUUUUUCCGCGAUGAGGAUUAUAUACGCCAGGGUUCUGAGGAGUGCCAGAAGUUCUGGGCCUUCUUUGAACGCUUGCAGAGAUUCCAGAGUCUCAAGGCCACCAGCAAGCGGGAGAAAGACCCCGUGUGUCGCAAGCACAGCGUCCCAGCCCUGGCUGACCUGCCUCGCACUUACGACCCACGCUACCGCAUCAACCUCUCGGUCCUGGGCCCCGACACCCGCGGCUCCCGGGGGCUGGGCAGGCAGCCCCCGGAGAGAGUUGCCGAGUUCCGCCGAGCCCUCCUGCACUACCUGGACUUCGGCCAGAAGCAGGCGUUCGGGCGGCUGGCCAAACUGCAGCAGGGGCGGGCGGGGCUUCCCAUCGCCCAGUACGGGAACCGCAUCCUGCAGACGCUGAAGGGGCACCAGGUGGUGGUGGUGGCCGGGGACACGGGCUGUGGCAAGUCCACUCAGGUGCCCCAGUACCUGCUGGCCGCCGGCUUCAGUCACGUGGCAUGCACCCAGCCCCGGCGGAUCGCCUGCAUCUCCCUGGCCAAGCGUGUCAGCUUUGAGAGCCUCAGUCAGUAUGGCUCCCAGGUUGGCUACCAGAUCCGCUUUGAGAGCACGCGGACGGCAGCCACCAAGAUCGUGUUCCUGACGGUGGGGCUGCUCCUGAGGCAGAUCCAGCGGGAGCCCAGCCUGCCCCAGUACCAGGUCCUGAUAGUGGACGAAGUCCACGAACGGCACCUCCACAACGACUUCCUCCUGGGCGUCCUCCGGCGCCUGCUGCCCAAGCGGCCGGACCUCAAGGUCAUCCUCAUGUCGGCCACCAUCAACAUCUCGCUCUUCUCCAGUUACUUCGGUGGUGCUCCCGUGGUGCAGGUGCCUGGGAGGCUGUUCCCCAUCACGGUCGUGUACCAGCCACAGGAGGCGGAGCCAGCAGCGUCCAAGUCCGGGAGGCUGGACCCUCGGCCUUUCCUCAGGGUGCUGGAAGCCAUCGACGGCAAGUACCCCCCCGAGGAGCGGGGCGACGUCCUCGUCUUCCUCAGUGGCAUGGCAGAGAUCAGCUCGGUCCUCGAGGCUGCCCAGACCUACGCCGGCCGCACCCAGCGCUGGGUGGUGCUGCCCCUGCACAGCACCCUCUCCGUGGCCGACCAGGACAAGGUAUUUGACGUGGCCCCCCCUGGAGUUCGGAAAUGCAUCCUCUCCACCAACAUCGCCGAGACUUCUGUCACCAUUGAUGGGAUCCGCUUUGUCGUCGAUUCUGGGAAGGUGAAGGAGAUGGGCUAUGACCCACAGGCCAAGCUGCAGCGGCUGCAGGAGUUCUGGAUCAGUCAGGCCAGCGCCGAGCAGCGGAAGGGCCGGGCCGGCCGCACGGGCCCCGGGGUCUGCUUCCGCCUCUAUGCUGAGUCUGACUACGACGCCUUCGCCCCCUACCCUGUCCCGGAGAUUCGGAGGGUGGCGCUCGACGCGCUGGUGCUGCAGAUGAAGAGCAUGAACGUGGGGGACCCACGAACCUUCCCUUUCAUCGAGCCCCCACCACCAGCCAGCCUGGAAACGGCCAUCCUCUACCUCCGGGACCAGGGGGCCCUGGACAGCUCCGAGGCCCUCACCCCCAUCGGGUCCCUACUGGCCCAGCUGCCGGUGGAUGUUGUGAUUGGGAAGAUGCUGAUCCUGGGCUCCAUGUUCCACCUGGCGGAGCCCGUGCUCACCAUCGCGGCUGCCCUCAGCGUCCAGUCGCCCUUCACCCGCAGUGCCCAGAGCCACCCGGAGUGUGCGACGGCACGGCGGCCCCUGGAGAGUGACCAGGGGGACCCCUUCACGCUCUUCAAUGUCUUCAACGCCUGGGUGCAGGUGAAAUCCGAACGGAGCAGAAACUCACGCAAGUGGUGCCGCCAGCGGGGCAUAGAGGAGCACCGGCUGUACGAGAUGGCCAACCUGCGGCGCCAGUUCAAGGAGCUGUUGGAGGACCACGGGCUGCUGGCCCGGGCGCAGGCCGCGACACCAGGCGACAGCUACCGUCGGCUGCAGGAGCGCCGUGAGCGCAGGGCUCUGUACCACCUGAAGCGGCAGCACGAGGAGGGCGGGGGGCGCCGGCGCAAGGUGCUGAGGCUGCAGGAGGACCUGGACGGCGGCUCCAGCGACGAGGACCGGGGGCCCGGCGACAGCGUGGACAUCCAGGACGUGAAGUUUCAGCUGCGUCACAGCCUGGAUCAGCUGCAGGCGGCCACCAGCUCAGCCCAGGACCUGACGCGGGACCAGAUGGCCCUGCUCAAGCUGGUGCUGGGCCGGGGCCUCUACCCGCAGCUCGCCGUCCCGGAUCCGUUCAACAGCAGUCGCAAGGACUCGGACCAGAUGUUCCACACGCAGUCCCAGCAGGGCACCGUGCUGCACCCCACGUGCAUCUUUGCCAGCAGCCCCGAGGCUCUGCACACGCAGGAGCGGAAGGCCGGGGCCGGCCAGGCCAGCCGAGAUGACAAGGACAAGAUGAGCAGCAAGCACCAGCUCCUCGCCUUCGUCUCCCUGCUGGAGACCAACAAACCCUACCUGGUGAACUGCGUCCGCGUCCCCGCUUUGCAGUCCCUCCUGCUCUUCAGCCGGUCCCUGGACACCAAUGGGGACUGCUCGCGCCUGGUGGCCGACGGCUGGCUGGAGCUCCAGCUUGCGGAGAGUGAGAGCGCUGUCCGCCUUCUGGCAGCUUCCGUGCGGCUCCGGGCCCACUGGGAAAGCGCCCUGGACCGGCAGCUGGCCCGUGAGGCCCAGCGGCGGUGGCCAGAGGUGGAUCAAGAGGAGGAGGCGGCUCCGGUGGACCACAAGGAGGUGGCAGACCUGAGCAGGGACCUGCUGCAGUUUGCGGCGUCCAAGGUUCCCUACAGCCUCCGGCGGCUCACAGGGCUUGAAGUCCAGAACCUAUAUGUGGGACCCCAGACCAUCACCACUGCCCCCAGUCUCCCCGGCCUCUUUGGCAGUUCUCCCCUCUCCCCCCACCCCACUAAAGGGGGCUACGCAGUCACUGACUUCCUCACCUACAACUGCCUCGCGAGCGACACGGACCUGUACAGCGACUGUCUCCGCACCUUCUGGACCUGCCCCCACUGUGGCCUGCACAUGCCCCUGACGCCCUUGGAGCGCAUGGCCCAUGAGAACACGUGCCCUGAGGCCCCGCAGGACAGCCCCCCAGGUAAGAAUGUGGGGCCCCUCCCGAAGGUGUCUGCCCUGCAGCGGCCCUACCACUGCGAGGUCUGCGGGGAGGACUUCCUGUUCACGCCCACGGACGUGCUGCGGCACCGGGGGCGGCACCUGUGAGCCCGCCUGUCACCCCGCCUAUCGCCCCCGCCGGGCACCAGGGCCGGGCCCAGCCCCGCAAGGAGAGGGUAGGAGUGUGUGAGUAAAGUCUCCUACGCGGCCUGGGCCCCGGGAGCCUGCCGCCGCCGCACGCCGGCCUUCCCCGCGGUCCGACUCCCGGCAUCCGGGGCGCUGCGGGGCCGAUGGGGGCGGGGGGGCCAGCAGGGACUUCAGAUCCCAGGCAGAGGACCCUUCCCCCGCCGCUGCUCUCUCCUGAGUCUGUCCUCACGGGCCCUGCUUUUCCUCAGACUAGGGAGACCUGCAUUGUCCGUCUGCAUGAGUCGCUUCGAGAACUGGGGGGUGGGGGUGGGGGCCCACAUCUGACACGGUCCCCGGGGCCGUUCCUGCUGCCGGGUCCUUGGCAGUUCUCACUUGUCCCCUCCGACCCCCCAGCCCGACCCCGCCGCACACAUGAGAACCGCGGGGGAAACCCCGUGAACUCUGGAUGCUGGCAAAUCCCACGGCUCCAUUGAAAAAAGAGAAAAGCGAAGGAUGCAGGUUCCCAAAGCUGGCUCCAGAAGGGAGAGAGAACUAUGUCUGGGCACUAAGGCCCAGACAAGAGCCCACUGCAGUGUCCUGUGUGAACACAGACGCAAAGUCCUCACCAAAAGUUUAGCCAGGCCUAUUCCCGGGUCUGUAAAAACGGCAGUAAGUCCAUCAUGGCCAAGUGGGGUUUGUUCUAGGAACCGUGUUGGUUUAACGUUUGGACUAGUCAGUGGGAUUCACCAUAUUAAAAACAAAGCAUAUCGGACAAAUUUCAACACCCUGGGGCCUCGGGUAAACCCCUCGACCUCUGCUCUACCGUUUUUCUCUCUGACCAAUGAACACAGCCCCACUAUUUUCAAAUGGAA